AUGGAUGCCACCAUUCUCCCCUCUACAACAGCCAUGUCGGCAGACGCAGUUCCGGGCCAGCAACAUCACUCAAUAGUUGCCCGUGUCGGUAAUCCAGGCGCUUCACCCUCUUCCAAACGUCAUGCAGCGCCAUGGCCGCAGUCAGCUUUUGCCGAGUCGCUUAAGAAUGCCCACGUGCGAAGUCCGGCGAGCCUGCUAAGAUCCCAAGUUGACGCACAACCACAACCCAGUCGAGGCCAUAAGAGGAGCGCAACAGGCGAGAUCAAACCGGCCAUACGCCACCAGAAUCACCGUCAAUUCCCGGGCAACGGGCUUAAUGGGCAUUUGAGAACAGCAAGCGUAGACUCGACGGGGAAUAGAAUUGCAGAGUUAUCUGCCCAGCUUCGAGGCCGGCUAUCAUACGCAGCGGCCAAAGUGGAACAAAGCCGGCAAUUACGACGGCAGGGAGACCGCGUUUCACCUCAGACAGGCACCUCCGACGUGCGGGAUGCAAGACAAUCGGUACAAGGAUCGCACCGACUGCAUAAUGGCUUCUCGGAAGACAGCGUUGUUUCGGCUCCAGCGUUGUCACAAUCUCAUAUCUCAUCUUUGAAGGUCACGAAUGGGACAACCAAUCAAGCUCGCGCAAGACCGGCGCCGCAGCCAUCAUCAAUGUUACAGACUCCCAGGCUCGCACCGCCGGUGGAUAUUACCGCUGGGGAUAGACUAAGAACAGCGCGUCGGCGACCUAAUCCCAACGAAGUGGAUGGUAUACCGUCUCACAAUUCACUAUCACGACAUCGUCGCCAUCACUCGGAACAGGAAGGAGAUACGGCUCUUACAUCUGAUCCUAGAUGGGCUAAUACGCCAGAGACCUCUCUGCUUACGCCAUCACAAUCCAGGCUCAAUGACCAAGUAUUGGCACCUUUGCUGUCAAGUAAUCAAUCCCCCGUGAAGCGACGAACGCCCUCUCAAAACGCGCUGAUGGAAAAAGAUGCAAUAGAAACCCUGUUGUUCAUGUCGAGUCCGGAGAACUCGGGUUAUCAUUCUAGCUCACGGGUAACGAAAUCCAGUGUCAGUGUCAGUAUAGAAGCCCAAAUGGCAGCCAGCGCUCAUGAUUCGUCACAAGGGAGUAAUGUAUCUCGGUCGAAUCAAAUGGGGACUUUUGAUUCUUUCAACCACAAGGUAUUACGCACAGCGUUGCCUGCACCGAGGGCGGGCAAUCAUUCAAUCAACUUAGAAACACAAGCAGGCGAUGAGAUCGAUCGGCUUUUAGAUCAAAUGGAAGUUGACAGAGGCAGCGAUGUAGAAUCGCGUCUGGUAUCGUACGAGUCUGAUAUUGGUGCUAGUGAGCAAUUUGGAGCGUACGAACUUGGUGAUGCUUGCAAAUGA